UUCCUGUCAUCUGAACACCAAAUGGCGGAUGACGCCGGUGCUGCUGCUGCAGGAGGAGCGGGAGCUGCAGGAGCAGCUGCAAGAGGGGGUUUCCGAGGUGGCUUUGGCAGUGGUCUCCGAGGCCGUGGUCGGGGUUGUGGGGCCCGUGGCAAAGCUGAAGACAAAGCAUGGAUUCCUGUCAACAAACUUGGUCGCCUAGUCAAGGAUAUGAAAAUCAAGUCUCUUGAAGAGAUUUAUCUUUUCUCCCUUCCAAUCAAGGAAUUAGAAAUCAUCGACUUCUUUCUGGUAUCUUCCCUGAAGGAUGAGGUUCUGAAGAUCAUGCCUGUCCAGAAACUGACUCCUGCUGGUCAGCAUACCAGGUUCAAGGCUUUUGUAGCUAUUGGUGACUACAGUGGUCAUGUCUCCCUUGGUGUAAAAUGCUCCAAGGAAGUCGCCACUGCUAUUCAUGGGGCAAUCAUCUUGGCUAAACUAUCCAUUGUACCAGUACAACAAGGCUACUAGGGUAACAAGAUUGGCAAGCCUCAUAAUGUAACUUGCAAGGUUACUGGUCGUUGUGGGUCUGUUCUGGUGCGUCUGAUCCCAGCACCCCGUAGUACAGGAAUUGCAUCUGCCCCUGUUCCAAAGAAACUGCUGCUGAUGGCUGGAAUUGAUGACUGCUAUACUUCAGCUAGGGGUUGUACUGCUACACUUUGCUAAACUUUGCUAAAGCCACCUUUGAUGCGAUCUCCAAGACCUACAGUUAUCUGACCCCUG